GCCAAUUACCAUCGAAUAUCGAUGACUCCAUAUUUUAUUUCUGUUAAUUUUAUGCGUCUCGGUUAAUUUGUAUGUAAUUGAAAACCAUACUUUUGUAAUUUGUAAUAAUAUUAUAUCUAUUAUAAGAUUUAGUGUCGUGAAUUGUGUCGAUGUGAUUUAAAAAAUUCAUAAUUAAUUGUUUAAUGUUCGAAUUUAUGGUUUAAUAAUGUCGAAAAACACAUUAUUCAAUUAUUUUAGUAGAUCGCCUGUUAAUUCAGGACAAAAAGUCAACGGAUCGCCUGACGAAUCGUCCUUUAAAACACCUAAACGGCCGUCUAAACAGCUAUCUGUGACCCCCAAAACUGCGCCGAAAACGGCAAAUGGAAGUUCGAAAAAACCAAGAACCAAUAAUAGUUCUGUAAAGAAAACGACUGAUAAAAGAAAACCGACCUUUGAUGAAUCGGAGGAAGAUGAGGAUGAUUUAUUGCCUUCGAAGAAAAGACGCAGGUUAGCGUUAGAAGACAUGAGUGGUGACGAGGAAGAUUCUGGCGACGAAUAUCAACCAGAUAAAAAUGCAUCAAUUGAAAGUGAAACGGAUUCUGAAGGAAGCCCGGAGGUGUCUGAUGAAGAUUCUUUUAUUAACGAUGAAAGUGAAGAAGAAUCUCCUGUAAAGAAAAAGAAGGUAUCAAGAUCAAAGCCAGUUAAAACCAAUGGAAACUCAAGUUCAUUGAAUAUUUCUCUUGCUUCAACUGCAGAAAAACCUUCCAAAGAAGCUACUAAAGGCGUCGUAGAUCAUGAUAACUGGCCGCAUUUAAAACUUGAAUUUUUAAAACCAGAAAAGAUUAAAGAUGUGAAUAAAAAACCACUGACAGAUCCUAAUUAUAAUCCUAGAACGUUGUACGUUCCAGAAGAUUUUAAACAGAAAUUAACUCCGGCUGUGCGUCAAUGGUGGGAAUUAAAAUCACAACACUAUGACUGUGUGUUAUUUUUUAAAGUUGGAAAGUUUUACGAAAUGUAUCACAUGGACGCGGUAACUGCUGCUAAAGAACUCAACCUUUUAUACAUGAAGGGAGAUUUUGCUCACGUUGGUUUUCCGGAAAGUGCAUAUGGUCGAUUCUCAGCCAUUCUCGUAGAAAAAGGUUAUAAAGUAGCUCGUAUUGAACAAACAGAAACACCCGAUAUGAUGACUGAACGCUGCAAAACUAUGAAAAAAACAACAAAGUUUGAUAAAGUCGUACGCCGUGAAAUAUGUCGAAUAACAUCAAAAGGUACAAGAACGUUUGGUAUUAUUGAUGGUGAAACCAAUGAUGCUGAAAACUCAUUUUUAAUUGCUAUAUCUGAAAAAGAAUUAAAUACUUCGUCUUCUAUGUACGGCGUGUGUUUCAUUGAUACUUCCAUUGGAAUAUUUUAUCUUGGUCAAUUUGAAGAUGAUUGCCACUGCUCUAGGCUAAGAACAUUGUGUGCUCAUUACCCACCUGUACAGGUUUUGUUUGAGCGCAAUAAAUUAACACAACGUACUAAAAAAGUAAUUGAUACCAUGUUGUCCAGUGCAGUCAAAGAAGCUCUUAUUCCAGAAACAGAAUUUUGGUCUUCAUCAAAAGCGUUACUUACCUUAGCCGAAGGAGAUUAUUUUAAAAAGGACGACAAUAUUGUGUACCCGGAAAAAUUAAAAGAAUUUUUGGGAUGCGAAUCCGAUUUGCAAUUAAACGCCAACGAUGAAUGUGAAUUUGGUAUUAGAAGUUUAGGUGCAGUCAUUUGGUAUUUAAAGCGAUGCAAAUUUGACUACCAACUUUUAACUAGAGGCAGAUUUCAGAUUUUUAAACCCGUGGAUGUUGAAAGUAUUAAUUUAUCCAAUCAGGAGGAUAAUAUCAAAACUAAACACAUGAUUUUAGAUGCUGUUACAUUGAAAAAUUUACAUGUAUUGGAAAAUUCUGUUGGGUCAUACACCGGAACGUUACUUCAAAAACUGAAUCAUUGUUCUACACCAUUUGGAAAAAGAUUGCUCCACCAAUGGUUAUGUAAUCCUUUGACGUCAAUUACUAGCAUUAUAGCUAGGCAAAAUGCUAUUUCGUCAUUGAUUAAAAUCCCAGACUUGGUUCAAGAAAUACGAUCAGAAUUAUCGAGUCUACCAGAUUUAGAGCGAUUGUUUUCGAGAAUCUAUUCUCAAAGCACUUAUGGAGUAGAGUCAGAUCACGCAGAGACGAGAGCUGUUUAUUUUGAAGAAAAAAUAUAUUCAAAAAGAAAGAUCAUGGAUUUCAUUUCAAUACUAAAAGGAUUUAGAACGAGUGUUGGAAUAAUGGAGAGACUGCAGAGUGCAAAUAUAGAAAAUAGUGCAGAAUCUAAUUUGUUGACAGCAAUUUGUAACUAUCCAAAAAGUAAAAAUCCUGGAAUAUUUCCCGAUUUGACAGAAUCAUUGGAUAAUUUUCAAAAUUCGUUUGAUCACGAUGAAGCUAUGAAACACGGUCGUAUAUUCCCUGAACUGGGAAUGGAUGAUCAGUAUGAUGGAGUUUUAGAAAAAAUUAAAGAAGUGGAAAACGAGUUAAAAGUGUACUUGAAAGAACAAUGCAAACACUUUGGAUGCAACGUAGUUUAUUUUGGUUCAGAAAAAAAACGUUAUCAGCUAGAAGUACCAGAGGCUGCUUCUAAACGAGCCGGAGAAGGAUACGAACUACAAAGUCAGAGAAAAGGAUUCAAAAGAUACAUUACCGACCGCACAAAGGAACUACUGGACCAAAUAAUAAGUUAUGAAGAAGAGAAAAUAGAUGUGUUAAAAAGUCUCAGAGAACGUAUUUUCUCUCGGUUUUGUGACAAGUUUGAUGAUUGGAAUAAUGCUAUCCAAUGUUUAGCUACGUUAGAUGUAUUCAUAUCGCUAUCAGAAUAUUGUCGUUGUGAAGAAGAUAUAAUAUGCGUUCCGAAAUUUGUGCCGGCUCUUGUCGAUAAGAAGCCAUUCGUUGAACUUGUUGAAGGCCGAUACCCUUGUGGUACUGGAGAAGAAAGUUUCAUCCCAAAUGAUACAAUUAUUGGCAAAGAGAACGACGAGACGUGGAAUUCAAGUUUAAUAUUAGUUACUGGUCCUAAUAUGGGCGGUAAAUCUACAUUAAUGAGACAGCUUGGUAUCAUUACAAUAAUGGCUCACAUGGGUUGUCAUGUGCCGGCUAAAAACUUUGAGCUAAAUCCAGUUGAUAGAAUAUUCACUAGGAUCGGGGCUAAUGAUAAUAUAAUUGCUGGAGAAUCUACAUUUUUCGUCGAGCUAUGUGAAACAUCUGCUAUACUGCAUCACGCCAGUAGAUUUUCAUUAGUUUUAGUCGACGAAUUGGGCCGGGGAACAUCGACUUAUGACGGAACAGCGAUUGCUUCUGCCGUCGUUAAAGAACUAGUACAGAAAAAAUGUCGUACGCUAUUUUCCACACACUAUCACUCACUUGUAGAAGACUUCAAAACAAAUUCUUUAGUCGCUUUAGGCCAUAUGGCUUGUAUGGUUGAAGAUGACGAGACAAACGAAGAAAUUGAGACUGAACAAAAUCAAGAAACUAUUACUUUCUUGUACAAGUUUGCAAAUGGUGCUUGUCCUAAAUCUUAUGGGUUUAACGCUGCUCGUCUGGCCGGGAUGCCCGCUGACAUUAUAAAAAUUGGUUUGUGCAGAGCUAAGCAAUUUGAAACGGCUGCCAAGCGUAGAAUUCUAUUCAAAACAUUAAUCUCAUCAGACGAUCAGACUGCAGUGAAAACUGCAAUAAUGGCAUUAUAAAACAUUAUUAUGCACAAAUCAAUUACUUAUUGUUAUAUUAAUAUUUUGUUUGUAAUUUUUAACUUUUAAACAAUGUUAUGUUCCUAAAUUGAUCGUUUAAUAAUCACAUACAAAUUAUACAUUUUUUACAGCUAAUUUAUAAAAGAUAAAUAAA